AUGGCAAAGGGCGGGGGCGUGGCAUGCAAAUGUAACAUUAAAAUAGAGACGGGUGUGGGCGUGGCUAUGCUAAUUGACAGCACAAGGCGGGAAGGGGACGCCGGGAGACUCCGCUUGGGAAGGGUUCCUGGAGCUCGGGGGGAGUCGGUGCCCACGGAGCCGGGACGAGCGGUGCGGGAGCAGCGGGGGAAAACGGAGGGGGAAACGGGAGGGAGCGCGGAGCGGGGUGGCCCCGCAUCCCCGAGGCCAGCGAGGGGCUGGAGCUGGGCCCCCUUCAACCUGCAGGACCCCUUUGAGCUGAGCCACAACAUGGCAGCCAACGUCAACGAGAAAACAGCGUCGCGCUCUGGGUGCUGCUGCCACGCCGCCGCCAAGUCCUGGUACCGGCAGGAAGCCAGCAAGGGUCGGGCCUGGGGGCUCACACGGCUCUUCCAGCCGGGAGCAGUGGAGCCAGGAGCAGGAAACGCCGGUGCUUUCCUCAUCAACAUUCCCUUGGGCUCCACUGGAGGCUGUGAGCAGCUCGGCCGGGAGCCCCGUGGCCGCGGCCCAUGGUUCUGGGAGGUCUGUGCCGCCAUCGGCUUCGUGUUGAGGGACGUUCUCAAGUGCAGCUGCACCGCAGGGAAGGCACCGGGAGCUCCCGGCGAGGAGUUGGGGCUCUCGGGGGACUCGGAGCUGCCUGAGGUGCCGCCAAUGGGCCCGGACGCAGCGGAGGAGCCGCUGGCAGUGGGCUGCAAGCGUCGUGCUCCCGAGGCACCCAACGGCACCGCGUGGCACCGGGUGUGGACGGGCCGACGCCGCGGCCACCGGCAGCUGCAGCACAGCGAUGGCUCGGAGGGCGAUGAGCUGGACCUGGAGCAAAGGGUGUCAGAAGCCAUCGUGCAGCGCACCUUUGAGGCCAGCGCACGGGUGGGGGGCACCCGGUGGGUGCUGCUGCGCCUGCUCCCGUCCCCAGCUCCCCCCCCCGGGGCUCUGUUUCGGGGCUUUUUCCUUGGUUUUCUCCCCACCGCGGUGCGGAGGCGCCUGGGCUGGGGGCUGCGGGGGGGUUCAGGCCCCCAGGACGGGGGGGACCAAGGGGAGGUUUCUACACCCUGA